UAGGCAUGUCUUGCCCUGAGAACAGCCACUAUGAGCUCUGUGGGCCUCGAUGUCCUGUCGUGUGCACUGACCUGUCCUCUCCAGCGAACUGCAGUGGAGGCUGCGAGGAGGGCUGCCAGUGUGAUGCCGGCUACGUCCUCAGCGACGGCCAGUGUGUGCUGCUUUCUGACUGCGGCUGCAUGCACGAGGGCCAAUAUCAUCCUGUUGGCCCCUUCUACACAGACAAAAGCUGCCAAAAGUGUGACUGUAAAAGAGGAGACGUGACCUGCACUCCACUGGAGAACUGUUCAACAAAGAAUAGCCCUGAUUUGCAGCUUGGGGUGUGCCAGGUGUUUGCUGGCUUUGGCUACAUCACCUUUGACGGUGUUACUCUGCCUCACCAUGGAGCUUGUACCUAUGUAUUAUCGGCUCUCUCCUCCUCUAAAGCCAUGCAUGACUAUACUCUGCAGCUUAGCUUUGUAAAGGAUGAGAAUGGCAUUUUGAAAAUCAGCAGACUAGUAUUUUGCUUUCUUUCACUGGAAGUGUCCAUUGACCCUGAGACUCUUUGGAAAAUGCAAAUAAACAAAGAAGAACACAGCGUGCCUUUUGACAAUGGAGAACUUAAAGCAUACCAAGUUGGCAGUAAACUGAGAAUCAGAACACGAUCUGGGUUGGGAAUCGACUUAUCUUCAACCCAAUACCUCAGGCUGACCGUCCCGCAGGUGUAUGAUGCAUCAGCUUCAGGCCUCUGUGGAGACUUCAACGGGGACCGAUCCGAUGACUUGCAGUUGAGAAACGGUCGUCUCGCUAAUAACUUUUCAGACUUUCUGCAGAGCUGGGCGGUUUUAUCUCCUGGACAGCAGUGCACUGACACCUGUGGGAGAGAGUGUGCUGAGUGCAAUCUGGUUCCACAGAACAGAACAAUCUGCAACAAUCUGUUGGUUGGUAGUGUUGACUUCCACCAUUGCUGGAAGAACGGUGUGGAGCUGGAUGUUUACACAGACAUGUGCACAAGGGCAGUUUGUGCUGGGGCAGGGCACAUGGCCGCAUGUUUAGCACUGGAAGCGUAUUCUGCUGCCUGCCAGGAUAAAGGGUUAUCGGUGGGAGCGUGGAGAGAGGACACCUUUUGCUCUCUCCAGUGUCCUGAUCGCAGCAGCCCAAGAGAUUGUGUCGACUCCAGCUCGAACUCAUGCCCUGCUCUACUCCAGACGGGUUCUUCAGCUCCUGGUUGUGCAGAAGGUUGCCAGUGCAGCUAUGGAACUGUGUUCGAUGGGGGCGAGUGUGUACCUUACAGUCAGUGUGGCUGUGCUCUCCAUGUUACAUAUAUCAAGAUGGAUGAACAAGUGUUCAUUAAAGACUGCACCCAGAGAUGCUGGUGCCACCCGUUGGGAGGGGUGAUCUGUGAGGCGGUGACCUGCAGCCCGGGGCAGCACUGUGCUCUGAGGAACGCUACCUGGGGCUGUUAUGACAAACCUGAAGUUUGUGAGCUCAGGAACAGUCUGCACGUUUCCUCUCUCAGUGGGCAACAGCUGAAUUUGGAGCCUUGGUUGUCGUACAGCCUGACGUCCCUAAGCGAUGAAGCCAGUGUGAAAUGGUUUAACCUCAUCUCUUACCACGGACCUUGUGACAGCAGCUCCUCCAGGCUGGUCACUGUGUUUCAAAUCCUCCUGCAUGGGUCAUCAAUUGCAAUACAGGAAGGCACAGUGAAGGUGAACGGACACUUUGUGGCGCUGCCUCACACUUUGCCCUCGGGGUUGUCCCUGUCGUCCGGCGUGAACCAGGAUAAAUCAGAGGUCACUGUGGUCCUGAGGAGAGACGCUGGGUUGGAGUCAGAGAUAGAGAUGGCGAUUGGUGUUACCAUGGCAACAGUCAAGAUGCCUCUCUGGUAUUCAGGCAAAUUGCGUGGUCUCUGUGGAGACCUUAAUGGCCUCCACUCGCAGAAUGUCAAGUCGUGUAUUCUCUCGGACUUUCCUGGCUGCGGCUUCACUGGAUGAAGACUCUUCAUUUUAAUGUUCUGAGUUGAAUGUUCUUAAAUGUUUGAAUACAACAACAGUUUAAACAA